AUGGUGACUCAGCACACUGAAGAUGAAAGGCGAGACGCUACAGAAAAGGAGAUCGAAGAGCUGCCGCACGUUGUUGAUUCAGUGUCAGUAGCUGUUUGGGUCGCACUCAUCACCAAUGCCACCGAGAGAUUUACAUUCUAUGCUGUAACAACACCUUGGCAGAAUUACAUCCAGAAUCCAGCUGAUAGUGUUGCCGUCCCUGGUGCUUUGGGUCUCGGACAAGCAACAGCUACCAAUAUCACAAGUGCUUUUCUCUUCUUAAGUUUUGUUCUGCCAACUGUUUGGGCUGUCAUUUCUGACACUUGGCUGGGGCGAUAUAAAACGCUGUGUCUGAGCUACUUCUUGAACUUUUGUGGAUGUUUGAUUAUCUUUGUUACCUCGCUACCAGCUUUUAGCCAUUCCCAGGUCACCAAGGUGGUGGGAUUGGCGUUUGCAAUGAUCAUACUUGGAAUUGGCACGGCUGGUGUAAAGGCUACUGCCUCUCCAUUCAUAGGUGACCAAUACGCGGAAGCUGCCCCUCAAGUAUUUACCACCAAGAAAGGCGAGCGCGUCAUUGCAGACCGGGCGCUUACACUGCAAUAUAUUUACAAUGUGUCAUACUGGUUUACGAACAUAGCAAGCUUGUCACUUGUAGCAUCUACAUACUUAGAAAAGCUGGUUGGGUUUUGGGCUGCUUAUCUCCUCCCACUUUGUUCGACUUGGACAUUGGUACCUUUACUUCUUUUCUUUCACAAGCUGCUUGUCAAACAGAAGCCUCAAGCAAACAUUCUUCCCCGCGCUUCCCGUGUCAUCGCGUGUGCAGGAAGAAACAAGUUCAACUGGGAAGCUGCUACACCAGUUUACCAGUCGGAGAAGUACGGCCGAAAGGUCGAAUGGGAUGACAAAUUAGUCUUUGAGAUUAGGCGGGGUCUUCAAGCAUGUAAGGUUAUGGCUUGCUUUGUACCAUUUCAUCUUUGUAUGAAUCAGAUCACAAACAAUCUUGUAUCACAAGCUGGACAAAUGAGGCUCGGUGGUAUUCCUAACGACACCAUCCAAGCUCUAAACUCGAUCGCUUGCGUGUUACUUGGUCCUAUCAUGCAGAGAUUCGUUUAUCCGAUUGUCCGCGGUCGUGGGUUCGCUUUUGGUCCUAUUGCCCGCAUCACAUGGGCUUUCAUCAUGAUGAGUACGGCAAUGGCAUAUGCUGCUGGAGUUCAAAAACUCAUAUACACCAAGGGACCGUGUUAUGACAAACCCUUGCAGUGUGAAAAGUCGCCCAACGACUUGAGUGUCUGGAUUCAAUCGCCUGUCUACAUUCUACUUGGUGUUGGUGAGAUUCUUGGUUUCACAACUCUGGCAGAGUACAGCUAUUCUGAGGCACCAAGAAACAUGCGGAGUUUGGUACAGGCCAUGGCUCAACUGAGUUCAGGCGCUGGCUCGGCGCUUGGAAUGGCAUUCUCACCAUUGUCAAAAGACCCGCAGAUUCUCUAUCUUUACACAGGUUUAUCUUUAACAAUGAUUACCACGGCGCCUACCUUCUGGUUGGUGUUCCGUGCUUAUGAUGAUAGAGUAUUUGAGGAAGCACACUCGAGCGAUGAUGGGAGUAAUCAGGUAGCAGAGCCAAUGGUUUCCGGGCCAUCUAAUGCGGCCGAGAUAGGUGAAAAGGGCGACGGCGUCAAGGGAUCUGGCUAA